GGGCGCUCCCACCGGCCGCUGCCGCGCGAGGCCCCCCGAGGAUGGCAGACAAAGUGGCCCCGAGACAGGUGGCUCGGCUGGGCCGCACUGUGCGGCUGCAGUGCCCAGUGGAGGGGGACCCGCCGCCCCUGACCAUGUGGACCAAGGACGGCCGCACCAUCCACGGCGGCUGGAGCCGCUUCCGUGUGCUCCCGCAGGGGCUGAAGGUGAAGGCAGUGGAGGCGGAGGAUGCGGGCGUGUACGUGUGCAAGGCCACCAACGGCUUCGGCAGUCUCAGUGUCAACUACACCCUUAUCGUGAUGGAUGACCUCAGCCCUGGGAAACAGAGCCCAGGGCCCGGUGGUUCCUUGGGAGACAAGGAGGACCCAGCUGGCCAGCAGUGGGCGCGACCCCGCUUCACGCAGCCGUCCAAGAUGCGGCGCCGGGUGAUCGCCCGGCCUGUGGGCAGCUCUGUGCGGCUCAAGUGUGUGGCCAGUGGGCACCCGCGGCCCGACAUCACGUGGAUGAAGGACGACCAAGCCCUGACUCGCCCAGAGGCUGCUGAGCAUAGGAAGAAGUGGACCCUGAGCCUGAAGAACCUGCAGCCCGAGGACAGCGGCAAAUACACGUGCCGCGUGUCAAACCGGGCAGGCGCCAUCAACGCCACCUACAAAGUGGACGUGAUCCAGCGGACGCGCUCGAAGCCCGUGCUCACCGGCACACAUCCGGUGAACACGACGGUGGACUUCGGGGGCACGACGUCCUUCCAGUGCAAGGUGCGCAGUGACGUGAAGCCCGUGAUCCAGUGGCUGAAGCGCGUGGAGUAUGGUGCUGAGGGCCGCCACAACUCCACCAUCGACGUGGGCGGCCAGAAGUUCGUGGUGCUGCCCACGGGUGACGUGUGGUCACGGCCCGAUGGCUCCUACCUCAACAAGCUGCUCAUCUCGCGUGCCCGCCAGGACGACGCGGGCAUGUACAUCUGCCUGGGCGCCAACACCAUGGGCUACAGCUUCCGCGGUGCCUUCCUCACUGUGCUGCCAGACCCCAAACCGCCGGGGCCCCCCGUGGCCCCCUCGUCCUCCACCACCAGCCUGCCUUGGCCUGUGGUCAUUGGCAUCCCGGCUGGCGCCGUCUUCAUCCUGGGUACCGUGCUGCUGUGGCUCUGCCAGGCCAAGAAGAAGCCCUGCGCCCCUGUGGCCGCGCUGCCUGUGCCCAGCCACCGCCCACCAGCCCCAUCCCGGGACCGCAGCGGCGACAAGGACUUGCCUGUGCUGGCUGUGGGGCUGUGUGAGGAGCAUGCACUGGGCUCGGGUGCAGUGGCCGGCCCCAAGCUCUACCCCAAACUGUACACGGAUGUGCACACACACACACACUCACACACACUCCCAUGUGGAGGGCAAGGUGCACCAGCACCAGCACGUCCACUACCAGUGCUAGACAAAGUGGGCGCGGGAUAGGCCAGCGGGCAGAUGGGUGGGGAGGCGGCAGAUCACACAGAUUAGGCCAGGUACACAGACACACUGCCAGGUGGACACACAGACCACUAGACAUGGACUCAGACACACACGCACACACACGUGCACACACACACACACACACACACACACACACGCACACUGCACAUUACACAUGCACAUGGACUGAGACACCCUGGGCAAGGCUUGGGCUGUUUGACUUUGCCGUGACAUAGUCACGUGAGUGGAUGAAGGACUCUCCCCAACUGCUGCCUGUGUCCUGCCCAACCGCCUGGGUGUCCAGGGUCCCCAGCCACACGGGUGGGGAGGUGAAGACCCACCCCCUGCCUCCCCACCCCCACAGAGAGGGGCCUUGAUAUUUAUAUUUAAGAAUGGAGAUAAUAUUGGUAAUGAUGGGGGAGGGCUGGGGUCCCAGGGGCUGGCCAUCCGAGGGCAGUCAUGCUGAUGUCCACAUCCGGUGGCCAACCCCACUGCCGCCCCUGCCCCCUGUGGCCCUGAUCUCUGUGAUUUUAUAGAGUUUGAGCUGAAGCCUCGUAUAUUUAAUUUAUUUUGUUAACAAGAAAGUGCAUCUUUUUC